GAUGAGAGGAGAGGAGAAGUGGAUCUGGCUGCUGCCUCUGCGUCAUAUUCAUACCAGUGCAGCUGAAAGCCUCCCCUGACCCCCUCCACCUCACCAACACACACAUCCACCUCCUCCUCUUUCUUCCUUUCCUUCUCAUCAUCCACUUUGCACACUGCCAGAUCCCCCUCAACCACCACCACCAGCGUCUCUCCAUUUGUGUUUGCUAUCUGCACCUGGUUAUCACAGCACUCCGUCUCUCUCGACUGGACCUGCUGCGUUGGUGACCUGAGAGGACUUUCAUCAAGCAAGUGAGGGAGAGGAGAAGAGAGGAGAAGACAAAGAGUUAGCCCAUGCGAGCGGCGUGUGGACUGAGUGCAGCUGUUUCGUUCAGAGAGGAGCCCAACAUGUGAGAAGAUGUCUGUUGGAGGCUGUGCUUGUCCCGGCUGUUCGUCAAAAUCAUUCAAACUGUACUCUCCUAAGGAACCCCCCAACGGUGGCAGCUUUCCCCCCUUCCACCCAGGCGCUAUGCUGGACAGAGAUGUGGGGCCUACACCUAUGUACCCACCGUCAUACAUGGAGCCUGGAAUGGGGAGACCCACACCGUAUGGGAACCAGACAGAUUACCGGAUAUAUGAGCUAAACAAAAGAUUACAGAAUUGGACAGAGGACUGUGACAAUCUCUGGUGGGAUGCCUUCACUACAGAGUUUUUUGAGGAUGACGCCAUGCUCACAGUCACUUUCUGUCUGGAAGACGGCCCCAAACGAUACACGAUCGGCAGGACGUUGAUUCCUCGAUACUUCAGAAGUAUUUUUGAGGGAGGUGCAACAGAGCUGUUCUAUGUUUUGAAGCAUCCAAAGGAGUCUUUUCACAGUAACUUUGUGUCUCUUGACUGUGACCAAUGCACCAUGGUGACUCAAAAUGGCAAACCCAUGUUUACACAGGUGUGUGUUGAGGGUCGCCUGUAUCUAGAAUUUAUGUUUGAUGACAUGAUGAGAAUCAAGACAUGGCACUUCAGCAUCAGGCAACACAGAGAAGUUUUGCCAAGGAGCAUUUUGGCUAUGCAUGAUCCUCAGAUGCUCGAUCAGCUAGCUAAAAACAUCACCAGGUGUGGGCUGUCCAACUCGACGCUCAACUACCUCCGUUUAUGUGUGAUAUUGGAGCCGAUGCAGGAGUUGAUGUCCAGACACAAGACUUACAGUUUGAGUCCAAGAGACUGUCUGAAAACCUGUCUUUUCCAGAAAUGGCAAAGGAUGGUAGCGCCUCCAGCUGAGCCAGCAAGACAAGCUCCAAACAAGCGGCGGAAAAGGAAAGUGUCCGGCGGAAGCAACGUGAGCUCCGGCGGAGGGGGCAAUAACAACAGCAACAGCAAAAAGAAGAGUCCGGCCAACAGUUUCUCACUCUCCAGCCAGGUACCUGACCUGGUUGGAACAAAAACCUGUACAGUGCCGGAGCUUGAGGACCGGAGUUGAGAACCACUACGCAAAAUCUCUUAACACACACUCACACAUUCACCCACACACGCCCACAUCCACGCACACACACACACACCCACACAGACAGACAGACCGACCAGUCCACGCAACAACAAACACUUUCGCCUACAUCUGUGACCCCAAACAGUGAGGUACUGGAGAGAGGUGGUACGCAGCAUGUCUGGACCAGAGCACCAGACUCCACAAAGUUGUUUUUAUUUUCUAUAUUUUAGAUCUGUUUUUUUAUGUAAAGUAUUUGAAAAAAACGGCAAGCAAACAGUAACACCCCAGGAUUUUCUUUGCACUGUUUUCCACUAUUAACGGCAGUCUAUUUUUCUUAUGAAAUUGACGUGUAUUUUUUUUUUUUCUAUUACUGCUUAUGUAAGAAAUGUAAGACAUUUGAGACUUUCAGUAUAUUAAUGUAUAAUUAUUGCUGUUAGAUCAUUUUUAAUGUGGUGAUGAUAACUCUGUAAGCUUUUGUCAUCCAUCAUCUGGCAGAGGUGUGGACCUGAGUCAAACAUUGAAUUACUUUAGACACGACUUAAGGAAAUCGCAAGAGUAGAAUCUCAAUUUGGACUUUACCGCCAUUGACUUGUGACUUCAUUUGGAUUUAAGCUUUUUUAACUUGAAAAUGGUUGAAAUUUUGUUUUAUACAAAAAGUAUGUUUUUCAACAUAUUUCUUUUGCCAUUUCUUGAAUCAAAUAAUGUUAAUAUUUACUGUGAAAACACCUAGAGGACAUUUUUUGGGGGGAAGGUUAGUAAGUUCAUGUUCAACUGCUUGUUGUGACAAGAAAACACAGCUGUUAAAUUAUACUAACACACUUUAGAAAUUAGGAUUACUUUUUUAAGUUAAAUAUUUGAGCAGAUUCCUGGCUUAAAGAAAGUUCUAAGUUUAAGAUUUUAGAUCUGACCUGAAACUUGAACAUCUUGGCUUUAGACUUGACUUGGGACUGGCAGAAUAAUGACUUUCUCCCACCUCUGCUAUCUGACCUCAGUAAUAAACAGUUUAUUGUUUGUACUACUGCUCUACAGCUAAUCUGAUGCGAAUCCAAAGCGGAACUGCGGUUACUUGUUUCCCCACUAAAUCUCCAUCUAAUGUCCCAUCCUUGCAAAACUGUCUAUUUUGUCCUUAAAUCUCUUAUUCUUCGGGAGGGUAAGGGAGCGGGGUUCUUCAGAAAAAUAUAGUAACAGAAAACUCGAAUUUGCUACUCAGAAUAUUUUAAAAAUCAAGUUUUAACUGGAUUGUAAAAUAGGAAAACUUUUGUAUUAAGCUUCCCAGCAAUGUUUUUAAAUUACAACAAAGAAAGCUGCAGACCAAGGAGCUCCAUGUAAAGACUCUUACACACUGCGCUGUUUUUAUUUUGAAUAUUUUUGUUGGCUUUCCUCCUCAUGUUUGUGUCUGUGCUUGUAUAUUUUUAGGUAGUACUUUCUGUAAAAGUUCUAUGUAUUCCUUUGAACUAUGAGAAACUCAAUCUAAUGUAAAGAGAUGGAAAAAAAAGCCCUGUAAGUUGUUUUAAAAAACAUGAUUUUUAAUGGUACAAUCACUGAUGAAAUAACUUUACCUUCAUUUUAGCAAACUAUUUAUUUUUCUAUGUACUGAUGUUCUGUUCAGGUUUAACCCAUCUGUACAAUACUCGUGAUUAUAUCUGGAGGAGUUUGUGCUGCUGCUGAGUCAGAAUGCUUAUCACAGUGAUGCAGUGUUUGACAUAAAUCCAGUGAGUCAGGCAGUUGGUUUCUCUGUAAAAACACGUCAUAGCCGUGCCAUAAGUUUCUGCUCUCUGAAAGUCACAUCCUUAUAAAUAAAUACAGGUAUUUCGGUUUUUCUGUGCCAUAGUGGGGCAGCUUUCAAUAAGACUCAAGUUUAUUGAAAACGUUUUACACAUUUUUAUUAUUAUUAAAUCCUGUAACUACAUCAAUAAUUUGGGGUAAAUUCACCUAUGUAGUUGGUAAAUCGAUGCAGUUCAAGUUGCGGUCAGUGUGCAGGUACACACAUAGUGAAACGGUGAAACUCCGAUUCGUCCACCAGGGGUCCCCCUAAGCACCAGACUGAGCAGCUGGACAAGAGUUUCCUCCACCAUCGUGUACAAAAUCCACAACAAGCUGUCGUGUUUUAAACCCUUUUUCCAACUGUCUCCCAGUGCCUCCUAGGCUACUUUUUAUUUGUGGUGUAUCAGUUCAGAAGGCGGACAUGAAAAUCAAACGCAGGGUCGACUUACCAGCACCCUGUGCUCUUUACAGGUUGACAUAAUAUGGAAAAUAUAAGUGUGUGAGGCAGAGAAAUGGCAAUGCACCUGUAGCUGGCUCUUGUAGCACCUCAUCACAGGGGUGGUUUUAUAUAUUUCUUUGCCAGGUUUCUGUCAGUAAUAAUUAUUGUAUGUUAUCAAUAAAGAUGAAUUUUCACUGAA